AUGUUUGAGCGGGGCUUCAGGCACUUUGUGGGAGUGGAUGGAAGUAAGGGCAUGCUGGAAAAAGCUGCUAAGACUAGCUUUUAUCAGGACCUCAGACUGGCCUUACUGGGAACAGACCCACUGCCUGCAGAGACUGGUGAGUUCUAUGUGGUGAUGAUCAUCGGUGGUUUACGUCAUGGUUGUGUGCCUGUCAGCGUCAUCAGGGAGCUCUGCAAUGCUGCUAAACCAGGGGGAUAUGUCUGCAUGUCAAGAGUGGACCUAAAGUCCGAGUCUGGAGACAAAUAUAAAGAGUCUAUGGAGCAAGAGCUGCAGCUGAUGGUGCAGGAGGGACUGUGGACUCUUGUGGAUACUAAAGAGCUAAACAGAUACAUGCUGGAUGUUUAUAAUGAUAAAAGCAAGAAAGAGGAAGAUGAGGAAUACCUCCAUGGAACCAUGUAUCUGUACAGGAAGUCACUUAAUAAGCUUUAA